AUGUUGGCGCGCAGGAGGCCUUUCUGUGGGAGGAAACCGGAUAACCUGGAGAAAACCCACGUGAUCGGACAGGAAACCACAUACCUUUUCACGUCUGAUCGGGGAAUCGAACCACCGUGCUUUGGUGAAAGGCAGGAUCGGUAUCCACUGCGCCACCCGACCACUCUAAAUGGAUCUUACAUCAAAGGAUACUGCAAUUGCAGUGAUUGGACAACAGGAAGUGAAACGACGAUAGCUUCAACGACAACAACUACACCGACGACAACAUCACCGACGACAACUACACCGACGACAACUACACCGAUAACUACACCGAUGACAACUACACCGACGACAACUACACCGACGACAACCACACCGACGACAACUACACCGACGACAACUACACCGACGACAACUAAACCGACGAUAACUACACCACCGACAACUACACCGACGACAACUAAACCGACGACAACUAAACCAACGACAACUACACCGACGACAACUAAACCGACGAUAACUACACCAACGACAACUACACCGACGACAACUAAACCGACGACAACUACACCGACGAUAACUACACCGAUAACUACACCGACGACAACUACACCGACGACAACUACACCGACGACAACUGCACCGACGACAACCACACCAACGACAACCACACCAACGACAACUACACCGACGACAACUGCACCGACGACAACUAAACCAACGACAACUAUACCGACGACAACUAAACAGACGACAACUACACCAACGACAACUUCACCGACGACAACAAUACCGACAACAACUACAUCGACAACAACUUCAACGGCAUCACUUGCAACGGCGGCAGUAUCACCGCCUAUUUCAAAACGGAAAGGGAGAAAUAUUACAAGUAAUACAACUUUAGUAUCUGUAAAGACAGUCGCAACAGCAACGACAACAGCUAGAAGUACUAAAAUCGAUUGUAGGGAACGGUGUAGAAAGUCUUUCAACUCUAAUCCGCCACCAAUAAUAUCACAUAGCUCAACCGAACAUUCAGCUACACCUCAGCCAACAAAAUAUCCGUCUCAUCCACCGGCAACAGCAACUUCAACGAUGCUAACUUCAACAACAACAACUUCAACGAUCACACCUACACCGAAGAUAGCUACACCGAAUACAACUACACCACCAACUCCACCGACACCAACUUCAACGAUCACAACCGAAAAUAACUACACCGACAACAACGACACAACCACACAACCAACUACAGAACCACCAACUACAGAACCAACUACACCACAACCAACUACAGAACCAACUACACCAACAACUACACCA